AUGUGGAGAGCGACUGCGCCACCGCGGCGGAAGGAGACGACGCCGCCGCCGAAGGAGCGGAAGCGGAUGGUGCUUGUGCCGCCGCUCUUCGACUAUCCUCCCAUCGCCGCGCGCACAAGGAUGUCAGUGCCGGCAUACAAAGUAAUGUUUGGAAAGCUCUCGCUGCAAAGCCUGUUCGACGACUACUUCGAUCAAGCUGGGAAUAUGACAUCAUGGAUCAUGCUGAAGGCAUUAGAAGAACCAAAUAUUGAUUUGAUUGCUACUGCCUCUGCCCCAGCUGACAAAAAAUGUGGAACGGAAGUAAAGGGGGAUGCUCUAUUCCGCUGGCAAAAAGAACCAGACAAUCCCCAUACCUUUGUGGACCUUCUUGUGUCCACUUCAACUACGUGGCAGCUGCGGUCAUCUGCGUACUAUCCUCAGUAUGGUAUUGGCGCAUUUGGAACAUUACCUUUACCAAUGGGAAACAGGGUGUGUUCAGAAGAUUCUGGGGUUGUGGGCUUAAGAUAUGGUUCAGAGAAUUUAUCACUUGGGGCAUCUUUUGUGCCAUUUCCUUUAUCCGGGGAAGUGCCCUCUGGAGCAUGGUUGGUUGGGAGAAAUGGGAACUUGAGUGCAGGAGUUCAAUACAAGCCACUUGGUGGAAACAAACAUCCUAUGCCGUUUACAGAUCCAAAGAAUUGGAAUGGUGCAAUUAGUUACUGCAUUGGUUCAACUAGCUCACUCAGCCCUUUAUCCACUUUUACCCUUGAGCUUGCCAGAAUUGACAAUGUCAUUCUAUCAACACAUGGUUGUUCAAAGAGGGGUAAGGGCAGUUCUCUUUCAUUUUGUCUUUACAAAGUGUUACUUCUCUUUUCGCAUCACAAUGUAGCUACAGCUCAGGUUCAGGAAGAAAAGGUGAAAAAUCCUAAAGAAGAUAAAGAUGUGGUUGAAAUUACAAACUACAUUGAUUUUGGACUUGAGUUUACUGCAAGGAUUGAUAACGAUAAACCGACUGAGAAUGGCAAUUCCUUGUUCAAGUUAGCUGCAAGUUUGCAAGCUAAUAAGAACUUCCUAUUGAAGGGAAAGCUUGGUCCCUCCAAUUCUUCUAUAGUUCUGGCACUCAAAUCAUGGUGGAGAUCAUCAUUUACAUUCAGUCUCACAGCUGUGAAGGAUCAUUCAAAGGGUACAACAUCAUUUGGAUUUGGCAUUCGAACAGAAGAUCUGAGACAACCCAGUUACGAAAGAGCUGAUCCAAACUACAUUAUGUUGACACCAACCAUGGAACACUUGGCACAAGAUACUGGGAAACGGCCCGUGUUCCAGGCAGUUAUGAUCAUUUACCAACAGACUUGA